GCUCGGAAGAUGUCGUGGCAAUCCCGUAUUGGGUAGAAGAGGAAUCUAAAGGACUUCCCUUGGAGAGACGAUGCAAAACAAGGAAGGGUUAAAGGGGUUGUUGAUGAGUGAUGAAAAUACUAGUCGACUCGCUGUGUUGAACUCUCACUUGUCUCCAAUGGCUUCAGAGAAAGAGGCUGCUCUUGCUGCCGUUCCCACUGAUUCUCCUACCAUAUUUGACAAAAUCAUUAAUAAGGAAAUUCCAUCUAAGAUUGUUUAUGAGGAUGAUAAGGUCCUUGCUUUUAGGGACAUAGCUCCCCAAGCUCCCACGCAUAUACUAAUCAUUCCAAAAUUUAAGGAUGGAUUGACAGGACUAUCUAAGGCCGAGGAGAGGCACUGUGAGAUUCUUGGCCACCUUCUUUACACUGCCAAGCUCAUUGCCAAGCAGGAAGGCCUGGAUGAUGGCUUCAGGAUUGUGAUAAAUGAUGGGCCAAAUGGAUGUCAAUCGGUUUAUCACAUUCACGUCCACCUUCUUGGGGGGCGACAAAUGAACUGGCCCCCUGGCUAAGAUGUGGCGGAUAAGUUGUCUGCACCCUCAUUGCUACCUAUAAAAUUAGUAAAAGGAGUCAACAAAUAAGGAAUGCUGCUUUGUAGUUAACAAUUAACUUUUGCCGUGUGUUUUGUGCGUACUUGAAAUAAAUUUGUUGAGAACAGUAGCACUCAACAAUGCAAAACAAUAUAAUAAAAAAAAUCGAAACUUUUUCUCUCAA